AUGAGCGUUCAACAGUCUGAAGCUCUAGUAGACUUCUUAGAAGGGCAUAAGGAGCUAGCCCUUGGACGCUGCUCAAGAACGAAGGAAGGGCGCAGUCUGUCGAAAAGGCUUUGGCAAGAGUGCGCUGAAAUUCUCAACAGCGUAUCUUCAGACUGCGUCCAAAAGACAGGAGAGCAAUGGCGCGUGGCGAACCUCUACCAGGAGUUAGGCAUAACCCAUUUAUUGACCUAUGAAGUUUUACAAAAUUUGGAAGACAGUCCUGGAUUUGUACCAAUGGAGGUUGAAGAGCAGCAAUUUUUAGAGCAGCCACAAGUAAGCUCCCUGAGAGAUUGUGAACCUGCAGCCCAAAGCUCCUUAGCCUCAAGAGAACCUAGUUUGGAUAUUACUGAAGGCCAGCAGACUGAGCCUGCAACCUCUCAGACUGAGCCUGCAGCCUCUCAGACUGAGCCUGCAGCCUCUCAGACUGUGCAGCAACCCCAACAGUCUCCUCCACGACGACGUCGUCGUCGGCGUCAACAAAUUACUGGCAAGUAACAACAUAUAAGUAACUAACUACUACUAAUAAACAAUAUGUAGACUAUGUGCAUUUUGUACCAGCUUAUAAUAAUAUACUAAUAUGGUAUUUUUUUAGAAAUUGAUGACCAGAACACGGCAUUGAGAAGUGCUACCGAAACCCUGGCAUCAAUUGAAAAUAUUAGUGCACAAGCCACCAACAGACUAGCCGCUGCUAUAGAGGCCUUAGCGGCAAGGCUUAAUGAGCCCAUACGCAUAGUCUUAGAAGAUUCGCGUACAUCGCAAAUGGUGAAUCAAAUGUUAAAUUUUUUUACUAAGGCAUAAUUAUUGAUUUGCAAUUUUUUAUAUUAAUAUAUCUUAUUUGUUUUCAGGUACACCAUAG